AUGUCUUAUUUUUUACGAAGCGCAAGCAAGAGCGAUACAUUGGCGCCCAACUUAGAGGCCAGCAAUUCAAAAGAAGAACGCGAAAUCAUAGGCGAAGAAAACAAAAUGGCUACGUUUUCGCCUGAUCAAUUCACGCAAAUUUUGGCAGCGAUCGCAGGCGGCAAUAAAUGCGUGUCUUUUACCCAAUGCACAGCACGUUUCCGUGGACAACGCGAUCCAUCGGCAGUGGAAGAAUUCAUUGCAGCGAUCUCAGUUUACAAGGACAUCGAAAGAAUUUCUGACGCAGAUGCCUUGCGCGGUAUGCCACUUCUGCUGGAGGAGUACGCAGCGACCUGGUGGAUCGGUGUGAAGGGCACUGUCGCGACCUUUGAGGAAGCAGUUGAGAUAAUCCGCACAACAUUUUCUCCGCCAAUGCCCGAUUGGAAAAUUUACAUAAAAAUUUUCGAGCAAAAGCAACAAACGCGUGAAGCUACCGACAGCUUCAUAUGUAAGAAGCGACUACUGUUUUCGCAGUUGAGUGAUCCCAUAAGCGAAGCAGUGCAGCUCAAUAUGACGUACGGUCUAUUGUCUAUCAAGAUAAGAGAGCGAGUGCGUCGCGAUAAAGUUUCGACGUUCGACGAAUUAAUAUCAAAUUGUCGGGAUGCAGAAAUGAUUUUGGCUGAAGCAAAGCAGCUUACAAUCGCAUCUAUCGAUAAAAACGUAUCUGUGGAAGGGCCAAAAAGGUGCUCGCUUUGCAGGUUACGCGGCCACACUGUAGAUGUUUGCUUCAAAAAGAAAAAGGAGCAACAGUCGCAGCAGGCCCAACAACAACCAGCUAUAGCAGCAGCGACUAAGGUGAAAAAGGAAAAGCAUUUUAAGUGCCGUUUAGUAGGGCUCGAAGGUCCAUGA